UUGAUCGUCAUUCGUGCAAAUUUUUAUUUUUUUCCUUAAAUUUCUUUAAAAAAAUCAUGGGAGGAGGGGAUUUGAACACGAAAAAAUCAUGGCAUCCAAAAAAUUUCUCCAACCAAGAGCGAGUUUGGAAGGCGGAACAAAAAGAAGCCGCGGAGAAAAAGCGUCUUGCGGAGCUCCAACGUGAAAUCCAGGAUGAACGCGAUCGAGAAGACCUCAAAAAUAUCGCUCGUUCUUCCGGGUUUCUCGACGACGGCGAUUCAGCGAAUAAAAAACUCGAAUGGAUGUACAAAGGGCAGCAACUAAAUCGCGAGGAAUACUUGAUGGGACGCACAAUUGACAAAAAUUUCGAACAAUUGGACCAAGAAGAGAAGGCAAAAGCUGAUCCAAUUAACAAUGUUGCCAUUUCUCAGCCGAUAAAUCACGUCGAACACGAAGUCAUCCCCUUUAGCAUUCGAAAGUACAAAGGAUUGCCGGGCACGGAGCAAGUAGAUAUGGCGCGAAAGAUGCUCGAGGAUCCCUUGAUGCUGAUAAAACAGAAGGAAAUGGAAACGAGACGACAAAUUUUGCAAAAUCCCGUAAAAUUAAAGGAAUUACACAAAAUGCUGAAGCAGGAACAGAGCGAAAGUAAGAAGAAAAAGUCAAAAAAGGAGAAAAAAUCGAAGAAAAAACGAAAACGCAGCGACGACAGUGACAGCGACGUCGAUUUGGACAAAGCUUUAGCGGAAAAAUACAAGAGAUUGCAAGGCGCGCUAACGAAGGACGUCGAUUCUGACGACAAUGACGACGGAAAUGUCGAUAAAUUACUCUCGCGCAAGUUUGAAGUGUUAUCAAAAGAACUUGAUAAGAUGACGGGAUCCAAAAAGAAGAAGAAAAAGAAGAAAAAUAAACGAGAUUCGAGUUCAGGAAGCUCUUCAGAUGACUUUCAAGUAUCGAAAAAAUUAGAAAAUGAACGUCGCGACGACAGAAAUCGACGAGAUGAGAGAAAUUUCGAUAAAAAACGCUCUUUUAGUCGAAGUCCUCGAAGAAAUUUUGAUCGCAGAGACGACAGAAGACCCAAUUUUGAUAGAAAUCGAUCAAAAAGUCCUCAACGAAGAGAUAAUCGACAAUUUCAAAUCAAUAGAAGACGUUCCCGAUCCCCUCAACGCCAUCGAAGUCCCGAUCGUUCAUUGCGAAAUGACAGAAAAAACACAUCUCCUCGCCGAAAUCGUCGUUCCCGUUCUCGUAGCAUCGAAAAACCUCGUCAAAGACGCUCCCGAACGCCUGAAAAGCGUAACAAAUCUCCGCCAGAACGUCGUGAGGAACGAAAAUCGAGUUCGUCGUCUUCUUCGGCUUCAAAUUCUGAACCCGACAAUGGAGAUUCCGACGAUGGGCGCCCAAAAAAACGAAAUUUUGGCUUAGUUACGUCCGAUGGAAAGGGAAUUGCCUUGAAAAAUCCACAAAAAAUGACAAAAAGAAGGAGUCCAAGUCCGAAAAAAUUAGUUAAAAGCAUUUCCGCAUCAAAAUCUGAUCAAAAACGAUCAACUACGAAACUAACACAAGAAGAAAUUGACGCUCGAUUGAAAGAAAUGGCGGCAAAUGCUUCGUGGCGUGAAAAAGAACGCACGGAAAAGGUACAAAAAUAUCGCGACAACGAAAAACGUGAAGAAGAGGAGGCGAAACGAGAGUUCGAUAAGGAUUUCCUGACGAAACAACUGAAGAAAACAGCAAAUUCUACAACUUCUGUCGAGUCUCGUAUCAAAUCCAACUUGAAUAAUAUUCAACGUUCGUCAAGGACGAUGGAGUCGAACUUUGCAAGACGUUAAAAACGCAUUUUUAGAUGAAAAAUGAUGAAAUUUUAAUAAAAAAUGAAUGA